AUGCGCGUACUUGUUCUCUUGUCGACCUUGGCUCUGGCUUUGAUGGCCCAUGCCAGCUCUCUUACUGGAGAGCGCGCUCUUGUUCUCUUGGACGAUGUUGAGGGUGCACAUGUAUACUUGGAGCUUUGGAAUGAUCUCCAGGCACGCGAGUAUAACCUCACCCUUCAUGAUGUUAGUCAGCCUGUUGCUUUGAAUAAGAAUGGCCAGCGCCAAUUCGAUCACCUCCUCAUCCUCUCACCAAAAAUGAAAGCAUAUCCUGAAGGAAUGAGCGCAAAGGCUGUUGUCGGAUUCGUUGCGGAUGGAGGCAAUCUCUUGGUGGCCGGCUCACCAGAGUUAGGAAACACUGUUCGCGAGCUCUCUAGAGAAUUCGAUGUUGAGUUUGAUAACAAAUUCACGACCGUGUUGGAUCACUUCAAUUAUGACACUGGCUUUGGAAAAGAGAAACAUGACGCUAUUGUGAUCAACCCUGCAACACAUAUGGCCAAGCUUGAUAACAUUAUACCUGUAGAUAAGAUCCCAGGUCCAAUCUUGUUCCGUGGCAUUGCUCAUUCUGUCAACCCUUCCAACUCACUCUUAACUCCAAUCCUUUGGGCUCCACAGGAGGCGUACUCGUGGGAAUCUGUAAACUUGAAUGGGAGUGCAGAUCAGGACCCCGUCAUCUCUGGAAAGGACAUUAGCCUAGUCUCAGUGAUGCAGGCCCGCAACAACGCUCGCAUCGCAUUUUUGGGAAGUACAGAAAUGUUGACAGAUCCAUUCAUUUUUGAGCCCAUUGCGAAGCAAGGUGAAAAGGAAACCAUCUCCGGUAACCGCCAAUUCAUCGAAGCUUUGACCAAAUGGGUUUUCCAUGAGACAGCCGUACUUGAUGUCGUUGGUGUCUACCACAACAAGGUUGGAGAGGAAAAUGCGCCCGCUCACUAUCGCAUCAAGGACAACAUGACUUACAGUAUCUACAUUAGUGAGUACCAUAAUGGUGAAUGGCGUGCAUUCUCCGCGAACGAUGUUCAGCUGGAAUUGAUCAUGCUGGACCCUUAUAUUCGCAAGACACUUGAUGAAAGUCCUAUGGACAAGGAUGAAGGCAUCGUAGGCACUUUUUCAACCACCGUUCAGCUUCCAGAUCAGUAUGGCGUGUUUAAAUUUACGGUUAACUACAAGCGCCCUGGACUCACUUACAUUGAAAGUGUGACAACGGUCGGUAUCCAUCCCUUCCGUCAUGACCAGUACCCUCGCUUUAUCUCCCAAGCUAAGCCUUACUAUACGAGCGCAGCUAGUAUGGGCAUUGGAUUGCUGAUCUUUACAUUUGUUUACCUUUGGGGAGGACUGGACUCGAGUGCAAAAACCACUAAGAAGGCAUAG